AUGAUACCAUCAGACGCAGCAGAAAGAUACGAUCAGUUCCUAGCCACCUCGUUCGUGCCUCGAAACCUACCCCUCAGCGUCACAGUGAUCCGUUGUUGGUCGACCGACGACGGACCAGGAUUAAGCCUAACGCUGUGGAAUACGUCAUCUAAGUACCUCAGGGUUCCGCCCUUGCCAGUCGUCGCCCUGAUGCCACAGUACGUCUAUUCAUCCGAGGCUAUCCCAUCCGAGGCUACUGACGGUGCUAGAGCCACCGGCUCCAUCGGCAAGUGUGGCAAGUACUUCACUACGGGUCCUGGAGGUAUUGAGUUCACUGUGGAGGCCUACAUCGGCUCUGAUAUGGUUGAUCCCCCUGUGAUCGUCGAGAUUAGUGACCCGAGGGAUAUCACUGCGGCACUUGAAGCUUCAUACAAGAUCGAGGUGGCCGAUCUUGGCGUCGUGUAUGACGACGAUUCGUACACCCGUACGUUCCCCAUCGGCGACACCAUCAUCGAGCAUAGGCCCCCAAGAUGUGCAUCUCGGAACAAGUUCACUACCGGGUACGGUGUUAGCUACGUGUCGCUCGGUAUCCCGACUGAGGUCAUGGAUAUGCUCAUCGAUGCGAUCAACGCUGACUUCAGCGAGCAUGACUGGGCCCGAGGUGCUAGCGCAUGUGAAGUCCCUAAGCUUCAGACCCACGAUGGCUAUUCGUGGCUGCCUGUCAAGAUUCCCAAGGAGUUGCCUGGCUGUGUACGUACUAAGGGACAGUUUGUGAAGGUUCCGGACGUGCCUCGUUUCAUCCGUGACCAAGGCAAGAGCAUCAUGUGCAAUGCCUUCGUGUCGAUGAGACUGAAGCGUGUGACCAAGACCUCGAUUCGCAAUGCUGCGCAGUGGGAGCUUGCCAUGACCGUGUCAUACGUCCAGGUCAUUGAUUUCACUACCAAGCAGUCACCCCCGUUCUACAACAUGUUGUCCUUUAAGGGCCGUAACAGGGAUGCUACGGAUGAUGUCAUUGCCACCGUCAAUGAAUGCUAA